AAAAAAAAAAAAAAAAAAUAAAUCACAAUUUUCUUUUUUCUAUCUUUUUUGAGCAAAAUAUUAAUAUGGCACCCGCAAAGACAAAGAAAGAGACCCAUUCAAACAAGACAACGACAAAAAAAGCACCUGUCAAGGCUGCUGCUGCUGCUGCUCCUAAAAAUGCAAAGAAAACAACAGAACCAAAGCAAGUGAGUGCAGGCAACAAGAGAAAGCGUGUCACUUUCUCAGAAACAGAAGGAAAGCCUGCCAAGUCCACCAAAAAGAAAGCAGCCACUGGAAAAAAAGCACCUGAACCCAAAAAGGAACCCAUGGAGGAAAGUGAGAGUGAAGACGAAGAAGUGACAGCUGCCACCCACGAUGAUGACAACGAUGAUGAUCAAGUGGACGAUGAAGAACUCACUGAAGAACAGGAAGAAGCUCUCAGAAAAGAGAUCUUGGGUGAUCUUGCAAGUAGCGAUGAAGGACAAGAUUCUUCUGAUGACGAAGACGACAGUGACGCUAUAGAUAAAAAUAAAGAUGUUGUGUCUUUGGCUGAAGACAAGAUGAAGGAGAGCAUGGCUGAGACGAAAAAGACAUUUGAUAAAAAGUCGAAAACCAACAAGGUAAGGGGACUUACGAAUUCAAAUGUGUAUUCUUUUUUAUUAAAGAUGGCUCAUCUUUCUUUUCUCAUUCAGUCGAAUAAAGAACAAGAAAAGGGUGUCAUCUAUCUAGGUAGAAUUCCACAUGGUUUUUAUGAAAAAGAAAUGAAGGGUUAUUUCAGUCAGUUUGGUGAUAUCACCCGACUCCGUUUAUCUCGCAACAAGAAAUCAGGAAGAUCAAAGCAUUACGGUUUUAUUGAAUUUGCUUCAGCUGACGUAGCCAAGAUUGUGGUUGAAACGAUGGAUAACUAUCUCUUGUUUGGACACUUAUUACAAUGUAAAUUAGUGCCUUCCGAAAAGGUGCAUGCUGAAUUGUUCAAGGGAUCUGGAAAAGCACUCAAACGCAAAAACUACGCCCUUCUCAAUCGCAAAAUACAUAACAAGCCAAAAACCGAUGAACAAUUACAAAAGAAACGUGAACAACUGAAGCAACGCGAACAAAAGAUACGUGAACAAAUCAGAGAAGCGGGCAUCGAGUAUGAUUUUCCUGGAUUCAAAUAAGCUAUAUUCUGUUAGCCCCCCCCCCCUCUGUAAUAUCCAACCCCUCUCAUUAUUUAACAAUUUUAGAGUAGCCUCAUUGAAAAAAAAAGCGUUUUGAAAUGGAUGUUGAUUUUAGCAAACACUGUAACCAUUCUCAUCAUUUUGAGAGUCAGAGAGCCCAUCUGAAGC